AUGAGUAUUCGGAGGCGGCUGUUGAAGAAGCUCGAAGUACCCAAUCAAGGAGAAAGAGCAGCCGAUCGAUGGCAUAAUCACGACCUCAUGCCCGUCGAGCCUGCGCGAAGGACUUGGGGCCCAAGGCAGUUCAUCGAGCUUUGGAUUCUCGUCAAUAUGAAUAUCUCGGGUUACCAGACUGGUUCAUCCUUAGUUGCUGAUGGAUUGAAGUGGUGGCAGGCAAUUAUCUGCAUCAUAUUUGGGAACCUAUUGUCAUCCAUGUUCUGUACGCUCAACUCGACUUCUGGCGCGUACUACCAUAUCGGAUACCCGGCGAUUUCGCGAAUCGCGUGGGGCAUGAAUGGCAGUUACUUUGCGCUCGUGAACCGCAUUCUGCUUUCAGUCGUCUGGUUCGCUGUGCAAGCGUGGAACGGCGGGCUUUGUGUCCUCGUCUGUCUUCGCGCUAUCUGGCCACAUCACAUCGAUGCGAUUCCAAACCCCUUCCCCUCGAGCGUAGGCAUGACUGGCGCGGAGUUCAUGUGCUACAUCUUGUUCAACCUUCUCUGUGUGCCGCUCACAUACGUACACCCACACAAGCUGCAAUUAUUCUUUAAAUUCUGUGCCGUUGUGGUCUUAGUGAACCAGAUUGUGAUGCUCAUCUGGUCGCUCUCAACGAUGAAAGGGGGCCUUGCGGGCUCUGCACUGACGACGGAUGUCGCGAUGGACACCGCUACCCUCGCGUGGACGAUGGUGUACGGGAUCAUGGCCCAGAUUGGUGGAAUUGCUGCUGGCAUCUUGAACGACAACGACUUCACGCGCUUUGCGAAGACGCCUGAGAGACGCGCCAUUGCAGCGCAAGCCAUAUCGUUCCCUGUCACAGCGUUCUGUACAGCAUUGUGUGGCAUCUUCAUCACCGCUGCAACCACAGAGCGAUACGGGGAGGCCUUGUGGAAUCCGCCUGACCUGUUGCUGGCUGCGCAGAAAGCCGGAAGCUCUGGCGCUCGCGCGUCUACCUUCUUCUGCGCUUUUGCAUGGAUUAUUACACAAAUGGGUAUCAACGUCCCUGGAAACCUGCUCGCUGGUGGAGUCGACGUUGCCGCGCUUUGGCCCAAGUACAUCAACCUCCGACGUGGUGCAUACCUAAUCCUUUUGGUGUCCAUAGCUGUCAAUCCAUGGCAACUAUUAAGCUCAUCCAGCAUCUUCCUUGAAGUAUUGAGUGCCUAUUCGGUCUUCCUGAGUCCAAUGACGGGCCUUAUGGUGAGCCAAUACUACGUCAUUCAACGACGAUAUUUCAAGAUUUCGGACGUGUACAUCGGCGAUAGCCGCUCGAUCUACUGGUAUACCUGGGGGAUCAAUUGGCGUGCAUUCGUCGCGUUCUUCAGUGGCGUUGCACCGUGCAUCACUGGUUUCAUAGGCGCAGUUUCUCCGCAUACAGUCAGCAAGACAGCUGCACGGUUAUACGACCUGAAUUACGUCCUCGGAUUUUGCAUUGCCUUCCUCAUGAAUUGUCUCCUUCAUCGAGUAUUCCCCGUGCCCCGUCAGGUUGCCUUUAUAGAAAGCAUGGAGAAGGCAGGGGCGCCCAAGCAUUUGGAUGGGCUGGAAUCGUUCAUCCGGGAUGUUGAGUCAUUGGACGAGUCGGUUGAGCGGGAGAUUGUUACUGAGGAAAAGAAGAGAAGCAGUGAGUCCUUGACGUAG